AUGAACACAGGAUAUAACGGCGUCCAGCAAGUUCGAGACUCACCUGAUCAUUCCGAUGCCUCCACGCACAAACCCCAGCGCGUGUUGGCGUGCAACCACUGUCAGCAACGCAAGAUCAAAUGCAACCGGGUAUUUCCUUGCGUGAACUGUAUGAAGGCCAACGUCAUGUGCGUUCCGUCGACGCCGGCCCCAACUCGCAAAAGAAGGACUCCAAACAUUCUACUGCAAGAAAGGAUAAAGAAGGUCGAGGCUCUGUUGGAGACUUAUACGUCCCAAGAUCUAAAUAAGCAAGCUCCAGAAACACCCAGCAUGUCGGAAGUGUCGGCCAGAUCGUCGCCCGCUGCGUACAACGGCUCGCCGAGUCCGAUGUCAGGCCCAGGCAAACUUGUUGUCAAGAACGGCGGAUAUAAGUUUCUGGAUAGCUAUAUCUGGAGCACAAUUCAUGAAAAUCUCGUCGAAAUGCAACAUAUCAUUGAUCAGGAGACCUCCGAUGACGAAGUUUACCAGCCUUGCGACUCGCCUAUUCCUCACGAAGACGUAGAUUUACUGCUAGCUAAGACGUCAGCUUUGAAUCUCGAAGAUGAUGUUCCUCUACCGUUCCAGACACUCCGUCUAUGGCAGAUCUUCCUCGAAAGGGUCAAUCCUCUAACCAAGAUAUUACACACUCCCACAACGGAACAACUUAUCAUCAAUGCAAUGGCGAAUCAUUCCGGUAUCUCGUAUAAGUCACGAGCAUUGCUGUUCGCAAUUUAUCUUGUUUCUGUUACUACUCUGUCAGAUAGCGAAAGUAUGGCAACACUGAGCUUGAGCAAGGAUGAAGCUAUCCAAAGGUUCACAAAGGGGCUUAAAACUGCACUGAACAAGAUCAACUUUCUUCGAAACUAUGACAUGGUUGUUCUUCAGACUUUGGUUCUAUACUUGAUAUCUUUGCGGGGACGCAGCAACCACGAUGCCGUUUGGAUCCUGAGUGGAGUUGUCAUCCGUAUCGCUCACAAGAUGGGCGUCCACCGCGAUGGCGAAACACUUGGAUUGACGCCCUUCGAAACAGAGAUCCGUCGCCGGGUGUGGUGGCAUAUAAUUGUCAUCGACGCUAUGUACGCAAUAACCUCUGGAUUGAAGCCAAUACUGCUGCCAUCGGGAUGCAACACUAGAAUUCCCCAGAAUGUCAAUGACACAGACUUUUCCUCCUACUCUACGACGAUUAAGCCCAGAGACGGUCCUACAGACAUGGUGUUUGUGUUGAUUUUGUACGAAAUCGUGUAUUUCAUUAAAGAUCAUCCUAUGACUGACUUUGAGCACCUCGCGCUGGGAGGCCACGGUUUGGACCCUGGAACUCCCGAUUACGCGGACUACCUUGUUUCUAUGAGGGAAAUGUAUAAUCUAGCAGAACUGUUAGAUGCCAGGAUGAGUGAAGUCGAGAAAGAGUACUGCGAUCCAUCGGCAGGAAUAAUUCACGACCUAGCCCUCAAACUUCGUCAAUUCAUCGUCGGAGAAGCUAAGAUAAUGGCAACCCCCAUGCAGGAAACACCGGAAUGGGGCACUGAGGUCAACAACCCUCAAGACAACUUCUUUCGUAUCUGGCUAGCACACAACGAGAACGAAGUUUCACUCUACGAGUUGGCACAGCGCGGUAACUUUCUCUACUCCUUCAAGUGCCAUCUACACCUCGACUCGCUUCUUUUUCUAGCCGGCCAACUCGCUGGUCGAUCACCGGUUGGAUCGUUCGCAGAGCGUACAUGGCGUCUGUUCGACCGCUUCUACAACUAUCACGAGAAUCUGUGGAACUUGAACCAGCGGCUGCACCUGCAACUAGCGCGGCUCUUACUGAAGGCCUGGGAAGCUCGUGAGAAUACGCUUCAGGAUGUUGACGAGCCUGAGUUUAUUCCGAAGCUCAAGCUGGCUGUAUACCAAACUGACACCAGUUGGAUGACUCACAGAUCCUUGACUUCUCAGAUCCUCAAUGGUGGUCUUCAAGAGAAUUUGAUGGAUCCAGUUCCAAUCGAAGGAAAUGUAACUGAUAGCAUGUUGCAGAGCCCAAUGGACGAUUGCUGGUUUUCGGAUAAUCAAGGAGUCGACAACCAAACCCCAGUCUUGCCAAUAUUUGGAUUCUUCAACAGCACGACGAGUUGGUAA